CCCCGGCGCGCUCCCGGCGUGCGGAGCGCGCGGUGCUGACGCGGCAGCGGCCGGGCCGGACCGGGCCGAGCGCGGACAUGGUGGCCAAGCAGCGCAUCCGCAUGGCCAACGAGAAGCACAGCAAGAACAUCACCCAGCGAGGCAACGUCGCCAAGACCUCGAGAACGGCCCCGGAGGAGAAGGCGUCGGUCGGGCCCUGGCUGUUGGCUCUCUUCAUUUUCGUGGUCUGCGGAUCAGCCAUCUUCCAGAUCAUCCAGAGCAUCCGGAUGGGCAUGUGAGGGGCCGGGGUGGGCCAUGCCCGCCGGCCCCGGCCGCCGCGGCUGCUGCCGAGGAGCGGCACCGGCCGUGUCGCAUUCCAGGUCCCUUCACGAGUCAUUCCGAGUUUUCUAGCCCGUGCCACAGUGCCUUGAACAGCACCACAUGUAUAAAGCAAUAAAAGUCUGUUGUUGAUCUACAA